UCAGACAUUUUAGUUUGUCGUUAUUGUCCCGGUCACCCCGGCGAAAGGGAAACCGCGUGCCCGCCACCCCCUGAUUUCUCCUCACCGCCCCAUGAAAGCACCAAUGGCUCCUCCAUAGCCGCCCGCCCUUAUAACCUCUCCACCCCCAACCCAAUUCGAAGUUCAUCACAAGGAAUACAAAUACAGAGCUUUGCUUACACCAUAUGUGCCGGUCAACGGAUUUCCCCAACUUUCGCUCCGGCGACAGGGACCGUCUCAAGAUCCGGGGCUUCUAUGUCCGCCUCCCCGACGCCGACUCCCGGAGGCCCUUCCCGGAGUCGUUGACACUCCUCUACUUGCCCCGCAUCAGCGAGAACUCCCUCGAGAUCGACGGCUCUAAGAUCCGGCCCGACCUCCCAGCCUUCGUCACCCUCCACCGCGUCGUCUCGGAGGACGGCGGAGGAGCAGGCGGUGCCGCCGCCUCGUACGGGUCCAGGGACCGGGUGUGCGCGAGCGAAGGCCUCAUGUUCGAGGUCUACGCGGGGGAGGAGAAGGCGCUGAAGGGAGUCUUCCGGAGGGACGAGUACGGCGAGUGGGCGGUGGACUGCAGGUGCGCAAUUGAGGGGGCCCGCGGCGGCGGGGAGGCGGAGGUGUGCGUGGAGGCGGAGGGCCACGUGACGAUGGUGGAGAGGGUGGAGAUGGUGGCGGCGCGGCGGAGGUUCCGCGGGCUGGAGGAGAUACCGGAGGAGAGGGAGGAGGUGGCGGAGGACGAACAGGUCGGCAGCUGCUGUUGCUGCUCGUGCUCGGAGGGGGACAGCGGAUCGGACGGCGGAGAUGUGAUGGAGUUCAGUGGCUGGGGUGGUGACGUGGAGGAAUGUACGGAGGAGAUUAGAGUCAGCACGGAAGGAGUGAGGUGGGCAGUCGACGUGGGGAUAUGGGUGAUGUGUGUGGGAGUCGGGGUAUUGGUGUCGAGGGCAUCGGCGAGGAGACUCCGACGCCGGAGACUGAUAUGAAGACUUUGAAGAAACUAGCGGGGGAGAAAAUAUAAUUUUGUAUUACUUUUGGGCAAAUGUAUAAACUAAUUCUUCUGUUAUCUUCAAUGCAAAUUUCUUCAACCUCGAAGCCGAAAUAAGAGAAGUCCAAUUUUGGUUGAAAGUGUAAUAUAGUGAGAGGUGUGGGAAAUUUCCUAAUACCCGUGACAAAUUUUGAGGUGGUCUUUAUUAUUGUUCUAGAAAGUAAAGAUAAUUUUCUAUUA